AUGAAGAACUUUACUACAAUCGUCGAAUUCCUCAACCACCAUGCCUUGGAAUCACCUGAAAAGAUUGUGUUCACAUGGGUCGACAUCACGUGCAAAGAACAGAACAAGAUCACAUUCACGCAACUGGAGGACCAAUCCAAUGCUGUAGCUGCUCGUCUGCUCAAGCUUGGAUGCAAAAAAGGAGACCGUGUCAUGAUUGCCUAUCCCUUUGGCCUCGAGUUCUUGGCUGGUAUGUUUGGAGCCAUGAAGAUUGGAGUCAUCCCCUGCUCGAUCUAUCCACCCAAUCCCAAUCAGCUCAAAACAGAUAUGCCAAAGUUCCGCAGAUUGGCGGAGGAUGCCGGAGCCAAGUAUGCCCUAUCCACCAGUGCCUUCGCCACUGCCAUGACCGCAGCCAGCAUCCUCUACAAGACUGGUGUUUCAUGGAUUGGAACCGACAAACUCUCAAUUAAGAAGAGCAACCCCAAAAAGCCCAAAGAGUACGAGACAUUUGUGCGAGAACCAGGAGGCAUCCAGUACACCUCUGGCAGUACUGGAUGCCCCAAAGGAGUCAUGAUCAGUCACAACAACCUCGUGGAAGACAUUUGGGCCAUUUCACGAGUAUUAGGCACAAACGCUGUGGGAGCCUUGUGGCUACCGCAAUAUCACGACAUGGGACUUGUGUCGGGAUUUAUGAGUGCUAUCUAUGCCGGAGUUCAUGUCAUCAUGGCAUCACCUAUCGACUUUAUCAUGAGGCCACUGCUGUGGACUGAUAUGGUAGAGAUCUACCAAGCCACUCAUACUUCUGCUCCCAACUUUGCCUAUGCAUUGCUACUGAAACGGUUGAAACAGGCCAACAGAAAAGCCAACUGGAGUCAUGUCACACAUGCUAUGUUUGCUGCGGAACCCACCCAGAGACAUGUAGUGGAGGAGUUGGCACAAACCCUUUCUAUCAGACGAGAACAUGUGUACAACCUCUAUGGCUGGCCGAGGCUGUUGUGUUUCUCACAGGAGGACCUGCCUACCCGGAUACCAGUGGGGUUGUUUGCUGUGGUCCAGCAGACUCCCCAUCUGUCAAGCUUCGAAUUGUCCAGGAUGGAAAGGAGAUUGAAGAAGGGCAAGUUGGGACCAUCUGGGUCCAGUCACCUUGUGUGGCAUCUGAGAACUAUGGCCAGUCAGAGCUGA